CACGCAGCGCGCCUGCGCAGGUCCUGCGUUUGCCAUCAGUCGCGCGGGAAGCGGUGUGAAGAGCGGGCGUUUUGAGACCCUGUGGCGAUGGCGUCUAGCCGCAGUUCGGAGGCGGCGGAGCCGGCAGAGCCUGCGGCGGCGCCCGCAGCAGCAGAGACCGAAGAGGACCAGGUGAAGAGGCGGCGGCUUCAGUGCUUGGGCUUUGCGUUGGUGGGGAGAUGCGGCACCGCGAUGGCCCCCACGUUCCCGUCGGAGAACAACUGGCAGACGCAGACAGCGUUGAGCGCCUACUUCGAACAGCCAGAGAAUGACCUAGCGUGGCCGCGCCAGCCUCCGACGCCUUUCAAGUCCGAGGCCUAUGUUGAUCUAACCAACGAGGAUGCAGAUGAUACCACCACUGUAGAAACCGGUCCAGCUGGAACUCCUCCAGAAGAUAGCAGCACUAUCUCUUUCAUUACCUGGAAUAUUGAUGGAUUAGAUGGAUGCAAUCUUUCAGAGAGGGCUCGAGGGGUGUGUUCCUGCCUAGCUUUAUACAGUCCAGAUGUGGUAUUUCUACAGGAAGUUAUUCCCCCAUAUUAUGCCUACCUAAAGAAGAGAGCAACCAGUUAUAAAAUUAUUACAGGUAAUGAAGAAGGAUAUUUCACGGCUAUCCUAUUGAAGAAAGGAAGGGUGAAAUUUAAAAGUCAAGAGAUUAUUCCUUUUCCAAACACCAAAAUGAUGAGAAACCUAUUGUGUGUAAAUGUGAGUUUGGGAGGAAAUGAAUUUUGCCUUAUGACAUCCCAUUUGGAGAGUACCAGAGAACAUUCUACGGAAAGAAUGAGUCAAUUAAAAACUGUUCUUCAAAAAAUGCAAGAGGCUCCAGGUUCAACUACUGUUAUAUUUGCAGGAGAUACAAAUUUAAGAGACCAAGAAGUUACCAAAUGUGGUGGUUUACCUAACAAUGUUUUUGAUGCCUGGGAAUUUUUGGGCAAACCUAAACAUUGCCAGUACACAUGGGAUACAAAAGCAAAUAAUAACCUCAGGAUUCCUGCAGCUUGUAAGCAUCGUUUUGAUCGAAUAUUUUUCAGAGCAGAAGAGGGGCACCUUAUUCCGCAAAGUUUAGACCUUGUUGGGUUGGAAAAACUGGACUGUGGUAGAUUUCCUAGUGACCACUGGGGGCUCCUGUGCACCUUGAAUGUAGUACUGUGAAAAGCUUCCCAAAUUCCAGCUUUACACGUUGGUUUGCAAUAGUUGUGAAUAUGUGCAGAUCUCAACCUUUCAGGAAAGCUAGGUCUAAUACAAAGAAUUAAUAAACUGGAUGAUUAGUGCAGCAAAAACAAUUAACAUUUUACUUUGUGUUGUGUGUCCUUGGAGUUAAGAAUUGGUGUUUAUAAUAAAUCAAAGCAUGCUUAUGUUCAGAAUGUGUGGGCUUUUGUUUAAAGAACACAGACUUUUAGCUUUUAACAAACUCAUUGUUGCCAUUAGAACUUCAAGUAAUGGCUGUUAUCUUGGGGCUAACUAUUGUUUGAUUUAGGCACCAAUAUGAUACUUUAAACCAUUUUAUUAUGAGAAAAAUAAGCCAUUGUUACAUUCUGUAAGUUCAGAAAGGUAAGUGAAAAAGCCACGGCCAUCUGUAGUAAAGUAGAUGACAGCUGUCGCAUAUCAAGACUUAAUUUUGUCAGCUGAUAUUAUAUAGUGACUAAGUGGUGAGUCACAUUUGCAUUUUGAUUAUUGUUAGUGAUUUGCUGAUAACUGUCAAAGUUCAGCUUGCCAAUGAUUAAACCCAGUUUAGUAACAUGAGGAAUUUUUUUAAGAGGAAAUUUCAGAAGAAAAGUAACUUUCAGUUUUGUUACUGUUAAGAUGGAAAUACUUUGCAGAGAGAAUAAAGAAUACUUUUUUGUAAAUGUUCUGUAAAGAAAAAAUGUACAGUAAAUAAAGUGUUUUCUUUGUUUGUA